AGGGAAGGCCACGGUGAAACUGGAGUCCAUUAAGAUGCAGAUGUUAUUCUCUAACGCACAUCCGGAAGAGCUCAUAGAUUUCCUGCAGGAGUUAAUAGCCGCGUACAAAGGAUCGACCCCGCCGCGUAAACGUUUACGGCCACUGGUAGACGCUGACGGCAAUGUUCCGUCUCCAUUGAAGCGUCUCAAGUCAGCAAAGGUAGAACACGCCGCACACUCACCGAACACCCUCGAAAAGCUUACGAGAGAUCUGUCAGACGAACAAAUGGCUAUCUUCCAGAUGGUGCAGCAGGGCAAGAGCGUCUUCUUCACCGGAGGUGCAGGCACAGGCAAAUCGUUUUUGUUCAAACGAUUGGUACGCUCACUCGACCCCAACACGUCUGUGGCCACAGCCUCAACCGGUGCAGCCAGCCACAACAUAGGAGGGGUGACGCUACACUCCUUCUCGGGAAUCUUGUCCGGUGAUAUGACAUUUGCGCAGGCUGUGAAAGCCGCCAAACGCAAAAUCGGGAAUUGGAAACGGUGCAAAACGCUUUUAAUUGAUGAGGUUUCGAUGAUUGACGGGGAGUAUCUGGACUUGCUCGAUGCGGUGGCCAGGUCUGUGAAGAACUCUACUCAGCCCUUCGGAGGAUUACAGGUGAUCAUAUGCGGAGACUUCCUACAGCUGCCUCCUGUCUGCAAAAAUAGGGACGUUCCCAAAAAAUUUGCGUUUGAGGCCGAAUGCUGGCCCAAAUUAGUGCCGCACUGCUUUGAGCUGCGGCGGAUAUACCGACAGAAAGACGACCAUCAGCUCAUACGCGUGCUGCGCCUGAUACGUGUGGGCGUGUGCAAUGAAGAGGUGCAGAAGGUGCUGCGAAGCACGCAAACAAACAACAAGAGCAUAGCCAGUGACCUGAAGCCCACCGAGCUGUGCACGCACGUGGCCGAGGUCGAGGACAAGAACGAGAAGUUCCUGACUGACCUCAGUGGCGAAGAAGUGGCGUUCACUGCCCUGGACAACUACUACACGGAAGGGGACAGGGCUGCCCUGACCUCACAAUUGGACCAUUUAUGCCCUGCCCCCACGGCCCUGGUCCUAAAAUUGGGGGCGCAGGUGAUGAUGUGCCGGAAUGUGGACUUCAAGGCGGGGCUGGUUAACGGGGCUCGGGGUGUUGUGGUGGGCUUUAAUACCACAGCCGAUCGCUUUGGUGUGCGGUUGCCCAUUGUGCGCUUCGCCAGCGGUGCCGAGAAAGUGGUCCACUCAGAGACAUGGGCACACAAGGUGUUUGGGCGGGAGGUGGCUGCAAGGACUCAGGUGCCGCUGAGACUCUCCUGGGCCAUCAGUGUGCACAAGUCGCAGGGCAUGACGAUCGACCUCGUCAAUGUCAACAUCUCCAAAGUCUUUGAAUUCGGCCAGGCAUACGUAGCACUAUCGCGAGCUCGUACGCUCGAGGGACUCAAAGUGACGGGAUUUACAGCAGCCAACAUCAGAGCAAACCCCAAGGCACUGCAGUUCUACAAGAAACUCAGACAAGCUACCAAACUAGCAGAGACGCAGAAGGAAAACGUAAAUAAAUAAAUAGUAGUAUAAUGUA